GGCGUCAACCUUUUUCCUUAGGGGGCGGAUUCGGGUCUUGUGGAGCGUUCUGUCGGAAACGCCCCCUUUUUCCUCCGGGGCGGGACGAGUGAGGCCCAGUACUGUGUCUGCCGCGGCACCUCAGUAGGGUAUGGCCCGCUGUGAGGAGGGCGCCACGGUGUCCGUGGCACUUCUGGGGUCCCCUGGAGUUUGCAGUAAAGGGUUGCAAAGGAAGGGUCUCUGUGAACGGCGCCGGCUGAAGGCGACGGUGUCGGAGCAGCUCAGCCAGGAUAUGCUCAGGCUUUUAAGGGAAGAAAUCCAUACAGAUGUUACUUUCUCUACAGAUUAUACUUUGUUCAAAGCACACAAAGCAGUCCUUUUAGUAAGGGUUCCUGACUUCUAUUUCCAUAUUAUUGGACAGACAUCAGACAGUAUAACGAAUCAUGAGCCUGUUCCUGUGGAGAAUGUUGAAGUUUUAGAAUUUAGAACAUUUUUACAGAUUGUAUAUUCAUCAAACAGAGACAUAAAAAACUAUGAAGAGGAAAUUUGUAGGAAAAUGAAAACAGAAAGUGGGACACUACAAAAGAAACUUGACUUCAAUUUUCAAAAGUGUAAAAAUUCAUCUGAUUAUUCUCUUCAGAAGCAUGAAAUUUCAGAGGAUAUUAAUGAUCAAGAUGACAGUUUAAUUUUUAAUGAUAAUUAUGACUURGAACCUGCAUCUGAAUUAGGAGAAGACUUAUUGAAGCUUUAUGUGAAACAUUGUUGUCCAGAUAUUGAUAUUUAUGUUGAUGGAAAAAGGUUUAAAGCUCACAGGGCCAUUUUAAGUGCCAGAUCCAGUUAUUUUGCUGCAAUGCUGAGUGGAUGUUGGGCUGAAAGCUCCCGAGAGUACAUUACUCUUCAAGGUAUAAACCAUGUAGAAAUGAAUGUUAUGAUGCAUUUUAUAUAUGGAGGAAUUUUGGACUUUCCAGACAAAGCUAAUGUUGGUCAGAUACUCAAUAUGGCUGAUAUGUAUGGACUAGAAGGAUUAAAAGAAGUAGCAAUCUAUAUUUUAAGAAGAGAUUACUGUAAUUUCUUUCAGAAGCCCAUUUCCAGAACAUUGACUUCUAUAUUGGAAUGCCUAAUUAUUGCUCAUUCAGUUGGAGUGGAAAGUCUUUUUGCUGACUGCAUGAAGUGGAUCGUAAAGCAUUUUGCAAGGUUUUGGUCUGAGAGAAGCUUUGCAAAUGUACCUCCUGAGAUUCAGAAAAAAUGCCUUAAUAUGUUGAUUCAGUCCUUGAAUGAUAAGAAUGCUGCUUUUCUUCUGAUGGAAAGUGACAGGCUAAUCAUCAGUUUACCCAGAGUAAAAUGGACAGAAGCAGCACUAACUAUGGCAUCUCAGCUCCAAGAAGAGUGUAUUGCAUUUAUUGUAGAAAACUUCUCCAAGAUCAUUCAGAGUGAAAAUUUCAUUCUUCUCUUGCAGGUUGCCUUUGAUUAA